AUGGGAAAGAUCUGUGCUAUAUGGAUUCCCUAUUUGCUGACAUAUGAGCAGAAAAGACUUCCAAGUGAUGCGCAAAGAUUUUAUAUGGUUCCGUUUCCGAGCUCUGUGUGUCCUUGGUAUCUUGUAAAUGUACAGUAUUUAGAUGGAAAUUCCAUAGUGACGUCACCGAAUUACCCUCUAACGACAAAUAUUGACUAUGAAAUUAAAUGGAUUGUGAGUGUUGAACCCCAACGGUUUGCCAAAGUUGUUUUCACUAAUGUAUCACUAUCAAAGGAUUGCGACGUGAUAGUAUCGGAAAACAUCCAAAGAAAUUCUAGAUUUUUCAUUGACCAUAGUUUCAACAAUGAAGUAUUCGUAUUAGAAACAGACCAAAGCGUGGUGUCGUUUAAUGCAAGGUGCAAUCAAAUAUGGUUAACGAUGAAAUUUCGAGCAAUUGUUACUACUGAAGAAACUCCAGCUUGCCUUAGCCUUGGUAUCGUUGGUCAAAGAGGAAACAGAUUAGAACGGUGCUCUAAAUCAAACAUGAUUCUUUCUACCCGUUCAUAUUUGAAUAUUGACCACACUAACGGCAAUGAGGAGUUCCAAAUAGACGCCAACUAUCACCAAAGCAUUGAUAUCUCCUUCAUUGAUUUCUACAUGCCGUGUUAUAGUAGUGACUGGAUUUUCGAUUCCAAGCCUAGUAAGUAUGUCUUCUGA